AUGCAGACGUAUUUGGAUAUGGGAAACAACUUUAUUAACAGAGUUAAGACUCCAACUACAAACGACCAAGCUUCAAAUAAAUCCUAUGUUGAUCAAACAGCAACAAAUACAUUAAACGCUACAGCAUUAAUUCAUGCAACAAAAGCAGAACUUGCUGAUUAUCUCAAAAAAGAUGGAACAACCCCAAUGACUGGAAAUCUAGACUUGAACAACAAUCGAAUAUUUCAUCUGCCAGCUCCAACUGGGCCAAAACAACCAACACCAUUAGCUUUUACAGAUUUUAAGUAUCUCCACGUUGCUGGAACAAAUAAAAUGCUUAAUAAUCUAAACAUGGACAACAAAAGUAUAAAUAAUUUAAGACCGCCGACAGCCCCCACAGAUGCUGCAACCAAAAAGUAUGUAGACGAUAACACAGCUGCUCCAGAUUUAAGUGAUUAUUUGGAAAAAGACGGUACCGUCGCUAUGACUGGAGACUUGAAUCUUAACAAUCAUAAAAUAAAGAAUCUGGGUGAUCCAACCGAAGACAAUGAAGCGGUAACCAAAGAUUAUGUCGACAAACUAGUUCAUCAUACUGCAGCUCAACCAAGUCAUUACAACGACCAGUUUGCUUAUCUUAUGUCUAGUGGGGCUCAAUGGACUGAUGAAACAGAUGGUGGAAAUAGUUUUUUGUAAAUAAGAUAGAAAACUUACCACCUUCAAAAGGUAACUUUCACGAUUACAACCAUAAAGUAAUUUUCAUAACAAUAAACAAAAAUUCUCAAGUUGGAUAUAAGUAUAAGAUGGGAAUUAAUUUUUACAGGUUAACUGCAAAUGCUGAUUAUACUCUGUGUCUGGAAAUACUCAACACUGAUUAUCAGCUGUGGCAAAAGUCUCAAAUAACUGUUGAUAAAGGAACUUCAACAGGAUUAUCAAUUGGAAAUGUUAGUGUAAGGAAGCUCUCCCAUAGGUACAGCGAUUCAAAGGGACAAACACAAUUUAUGUAUUACCAUAGAAUAAUAGUUAAUUUUAAGAAGUUGUCAACUGGUAAUAAAUUCUUUCUUCACAUUUUGGUUAAUAUACCACAGACGGGAACUGAUCUGGGUGUGUAUCUGAGACAGUUUUCAGGAGUUUAUAUGAUUGCUUAUGGAAUCAUGGGAGCAGUUAGCAAUAUCGAUCCAGAUAAAACCUACGACUACCACACCGCAUUUGAUAUUAGACCAACAGAAGUUGUUUACAAUGUUGAUAUUAAUGCAAAUCAAAGAACAAUUGGAAAUAUCAAACUUGAUCGAAACGAUGACAAUAACGUGGUAACAGUUGGAAUGGUAAAAGAGUUAAUUCCUUUUACCAAAAAUAUUUUGUAUAGAAAAUAUUUUGAAGAAUACUAUGACUUUUCUAAUGCGAAUAUUUACGGAAUAAAUAUAGUCUCGUCUGGGGUUAUUAUCAAUUCUUUAAUGCCUAAUAUUACACUACCACCUAAUAAAGACCUAAGUAAUAUACAAAAAGAUGGCUUAAAUGUAAAUGGUUAUAAUAUUACUUUUUCUCCUUCACAUUCUUCAAAAACUACUUUAUGUAUUGUUUUUAAACGUUGGAGAAAUAGGAAUUUUAGCCUAACUAAAUAUAUAUCAACAAACAAUAAUACUUUAUUAAAAUUAAAUUAUGAUAAAACAAACAAUUCAGUAGAUUUAACUGUCAGUAAAACAACUCAAAGUUUUACAAUGCCAAGUAGUUUUAAUCGCCAAAAAAUUGUUUUAUGGCUGACAGAAAAUUUUGAUACAAAUGUCACAAAAGUUAAAAUAAGUAACUACAGUUCGACAAUAACUAUACCAGCCGUUCAAUACAAUGUUAAUCAACGUUGGAAGUUUACAACUGAAGAUGGAGAGUUAAAUAGGUUAAUGUUUUCUCCAAACUUUUACGACUUUGACUCUGAGCAAUUUCACAAAGUAAUGCUUCAAGAAAAGUUAAGUGGAUCUUAUAUAUUUAAGAUAGAAAUGAAGGAUAUCUUUGAAUUUAAUCACAUAGACAGGUCUCUGUCAGAAUCAGACGUCGGUUGUCUCAAAGAUUUUUAUAAACAUUAUCACAAGAAAUACUGGUGUUUUAAGCGGUCGUAUAAAAGAUAUAAACUACUAGAUGAAACACUUACUCUGACGGGAGGAGGAUUAGUGGUGAUAGGAACUAUCACCGGAGGAAUAACACCAAAUCCAAUAAUACUCGGUGUAAUAAAUGGCGCUGGCGUUAUUGGAAUUACAAAAAAAGGAUUGAAAUGUCACAAAUAG